GUUUUGUGAUCUUUGAUUCUAGUAGUCUCUUCGAUUUAUUUCUCUAUGGUGCUUGUGUAACUUUACUUUAAAUUUGUGAUUCAUCUCUAAGAAAGUUAUCACAGAUUGUUCAGUUUUUGGAAAUUUUUCAUUUGUGUGGGAAUGGUUUGGGAAAAGAGGGUAAAGAAAUAGUAAUAGAGCUAUGGAGAUCUGAUCCUGGUUUUCUCAUUUUGGUUCCCCUCGCCUAGCCAAGAGAACAUAUAUACUAUGGUUAUUACAGACCCAUGGUUGAUAUCCUUGUUUCAUUUGAUUUUUAUUUGCAAUUUCAUUAUUUAAUUUUUUUUGUGUGUUUUUGUAUGAAAAGUUUGAUUUCUACUGUAAAGCAAAUUUGAAAUGAACAUUAUUACUACUUCUGAAAUUCUGAGACUGUAUUGAAUUUGAAAGUAUCAAUAUAGAGUGCUAGGAGGAACUUAGGGAAACCAGUAGAGUAGCUGAACUAUUGGAGCUCUUCUUUUGUCCUGUGCUUUCCUUUGGUUCUAUAGAUUGUCAUGAUGAUGCAUGUAGAUAUAUAUAUAAUAUAAAAUAGUACUGUAAAAGUCAAUCCCAAUAUUGAAACAGAAUAUUACUUUUACAAUUGUGUAUAAGUUCUGCAGAGAUAUCUAAAUGUCAUCAAUAUGUAUGUUAACUGCUUAGUAUAUAUUUAUAUAUAUGUAUCCAUCAUUCUUUCUUUUAUUCGUUUCUUUUUUUUUUAAUAAGUAUUUGAAGGAAAUUUUAGUGUUGGUGGGGCGAUUUGUUGUGUUUACUUUGAUAUUGAAUACGGGUUAAUGGUGUUCUUGUCCUAAGCUGUUUGAGUCUGUUCUAAGAAAUUAGUAAUUUUUUUUAGUAAUAUGUAUGUUUUAUUAAGGCUCCACCAUUGUUGGUGGUACCAUUUAUAGGCAAUGUGAUUAGAGAUGUGGCGAGCCCCCAUCGCUGUGGGGGGUUCAUGCUCCAUGUGCUAUGAUGGGACCUCUAGUGUGGGUCAGUAAUAUGCAUAAUGGGUUGUUUGUUUGAUGUAGUUCCUUCAGAAAUUCGAUUCAAUCCAAAAUUUAUCCAUUUUUCAAGGUAAAAAAAAUUAUACUAUCUCUUUUAUUAUUAUUUUAAAAUUUAAUAAAUAAAGAAAGAACAAAAGCCAUUAAUUUGUUUUUUAUUUUCAGAAUUGUGUAGGAGCUAUAGUUGGGACCCAUAUCUCUGCUCAUGUUCCCAUUAAUGAACAAAUACCAUAUCGAGGUCGGAAGGUGGAUACAACUCAAAACGUCAUGUGUAUAUGUUCAUUUGACAUGAAGUUCACAUAUGUUGUAGCGGGAUGGGAAGGAUCAGCUAAUGAUGCACGAAUUCUUUCAGAAUGUGCCACAAACCCAGAUUAUGAAUUCCCAGCUCCACCCAAUGGAAAAUAUUAUCUUGUUGAUUCUGGAUAUACAAACAUGCCUGGUUUUCUUUCCCCAUAUCGAGGAGAAAGAUAUCAUUUGAAUCAAUAUGCAGAUCGUAAUCCUUCAGGAAAAAGGGAGUUGUUCAAUUAUCGACAUUCGUCUUUGAGAAAUGUCAUCGAGCGGUGCUUUGGCGUAUUGAAGGCUCGCUUUCUUAUUUUAAAGCAAAUGCCUUCCUAUGAUCUAAAAAUACAAAAGUACAUUGUGAUUGCUUGUUAUGGAAUUCAUAAUUUUAUAAGGACAAAUGCAGAAAAAGACGUAUAUUUUGAUGGAGAUGAAGACAUUCCUGAAGUACAAGAUGCUACUAUACAAAGUACCCACGAAACUUUGAAUGAUAGUGUUGAGUUUAGCAUUUCAAGAGAUCAACUUCGUGAAAUGGCUAAUGUCCGUGAUGAAAUCGCUGAUCAUAUAUGGAGAGCAAAUCGACGAUGAAGAUAAUGAGUGAAGAUUAUUAACAAUUAAAUUUUUUUUAAUAGUUUUCUUCAAGAUUAGACAAUUAUUAGUUCAUAUUUUAUUAUGAAUUUGUCAGUUUUGUGUUAUAGAUAAUGUGUUUCAUGAUUUUAAAUUACUUGAAUUUUUUAAAAUGUUAAUGAGUAUUUUUUAUUUGAUUUUUUUUAUAAUUUUUA